AUGAAAAUCAAUGUCGAUGGUCUGUUGGUAUAUUUUCCCUACGAGUACAUAUAUCCAGAGCAGUAUCACUACAUGCUUGAACUGAAGGCAACACUUGACGCCAAGGGUCAUGGUGUUCUAGAAAUGCCUUCAGGAACUGGAAAAACGGUUUCGAUUCUGUCACUUAUUGUUGCGUAUAUGAAGGCUCACCCUGGGGCCGUGGAGAAAUUCAUAUAUUGUUCGCGUACUGUGCCCGAGCUUGAAAAAGUCAUGGAAGAAAUCCAAGUUCUUGACAAAUACUAUGCCAAGGAAACCGGAGCCUCAGGUUGUGGCCUCUUGGCUGUUGCACUCAGUGCUCGCAAGAACCUCUGCAUUGAACCUUCAGUCCGAAAAUCAGGUGAUGGUGCCACCGUUGACUCUACAUGUCGCAAACUCACAGCUAGUUUUGUGCGCCGUCGGCGUCAGGACGAUCCCUCCAUCCCUGGUUGCUCAUUUUAUGAAACUUUUGAUUUAAGCGGUCGGGAGGAGGUUCUUCCUGUUGGUAUUUACAACCUUGUAAGUGGCAGCAUCAAUUAA